CUUUUUUCUUUUCCCAUUGAGUCUGAGAUGAAUUUUCUCUUUAUUCUUCAAUUUGGUUCCAAUUUGGAAUAAUUAAUUCCUUGAGUCUGAAAAAGAUAUCAUCACUCUUCUCUCUGAUUUCAAGGGAGAAUGGAGAUAUCUCUUUAUUUUGUAUGCUAUAGUCAUCUGAUGUGGCUGACUGUGGAUAUUCCUUUGACCAAGUCUCAUUAAAAGUAAACCUUAUUUUUUAAAAAAAAUCAGGAUGGUCCUGAGAAAUGGGGGGUAUACGGUAGUUCUAACCAUGAAGCAUAAAAGAGGACAGCUGAGAGUAUAGCCUAAUAUGAAGUAUAAAGAGGCUCUAAAUAGAGUUCUCAUUGUGUAGCUUUGCCUGACAUGGUGACUGUUGAUAUUGAGGUUCAACUUUAAAAGUUUUAAAGGGAAUUUUAAAAAACUUAAUUUUACUAGUAUUUUUUGUUUUCAUAUCACCUUCAUUCAUGAAUAUUUCCCUCUCUACCUUCCCCCUCCAAUCCUUCACUACCUGAAAUAGUCUACUGUAAAUUUUCCUCUGGUUUAGAAUUUUUAAAAAAAUAAAUUACCUGAGAGAUCACCUGGAAGUCCUGGAACUGACUGUCCAAGGAUUUUUCAUAAUCCCCAAACUGAGAGGAAGCCAGUGGCUGAUAGAUUGAAUUUAGAUUUAGAGAUAGGGAUAAAGAGUGAGGGGAAGAGAAAAAGGCUUUUAAGUUUCUUUAAUUUAGUUAAACAUUACUUUUAUAGAAAUGAAAAUUCUAAUCUAGUAUGUAUAUUAUCAAAAUCCACUCAUAUUAAUAUGCCAUAUUUGCUAUUAAAUGUUAGAAUCUUAGCAUUAGAAGAGAUGGUUAGAGUCAUAUAGCCCAUUCCCAAAUACCUGAGCAAUAAUCACUUGUGAGCAUCAUUGACAAGAGAUCAGGCAACUUUUUCUUAAAUAUGUAGGUGAUGUCAAGACCCCUGAGACAGUCCAUUCCAGUUUUUGACAGCUCUGAUUCUUAGGACAUUUUCCUUCAAUUGAGCUCUGUUGGAGAUGGCAAAUUGCUCCAUUUUCUCUCUCUCCAGCUGCCUCAUCAUCCUUAUCUCCCUCCAGCUACCUACAAAGGGAUCAGGAAAAGUUGGCAAAAGGAACUUGGUCAUGCUGGGGACAAAAGCUGAGCUGCCUUGUCCUCUAUCCGUCUGGAUGGCCCCUGAGUCUGUAGAAGUGAAAUGGCUACGGACCCCAGAGUCCCAUAUUUCCCAGGCUGUUCAUGUAUAUCGGAAUGGACAAGACUUAUAUGGAGAGCAGAUGCCACAAUACAAAGGGAGAACAGCCUUGGUGAAAGACAGCCAAGAAGACAGUUUCACUCUGGAGAUUUAUAAUGUCCGACUUGAAGACCAAGGAGAGUACUAUUGUCGGAUCCAGGCUGGUUCUCUGAGCAAAAACGCUUCUGUGAAAAUGGAUGUCGCAGCAUUGGGCUUGGAUCCUUAUAUUCAUAUGGAAAACUAUGAAGCUGGACAGAUUCAGUUGGUGUGCAGAUCCCUGGGAUGGUUCCCAAAGCCUCAAGUUCAGUGGAGAGAUGCUCACGGGGAGAUACUUCCAUCAGAGACCCAAUACCUGGAUAAGGAGGGAUUAUUCCAAAUGGAGGCUUCUGUUACUGUGAGAGAUGGAUCUUCAGGGAAUCUGACCUGCUCUAUUUGGAAUUCUGCUCUUGGCCAAGAGAAGAAAACAACUCUAUUCAUAAGAGCUUUUCCUUCUUUGUACAUCACCCCCUCAGCAGUGGGUCUGGCUGUGAUCCUACCUAUUUUGGGGCUCUUCAUUGCAUUGGGUAUUUAUAUCAUAUGGAAGCAACAAAGAUCUAGAGAGAAGCUUCUUUAUCAACAAGUGGUAGAAAUAGAAAAUCUUCUCUCAGACCAUGGGAAAGAGAAAGGGAGACUUCAUAAAGGACUCAAGAAAUAUCGGGCUGAACUCAAAUUGAAAAGAAUUGCAGCAGAUGCAGGUUGGAGAAGGGCCAGACUACACCCAGUGGAUGUGACUUUGGAUCCAGAAACUGCUCAUCCCAAACUCCUCCUCUCUGAAGAUCUUAGAAGCGUGAGACUUGGGGACAAACGACAGGAUGUCCCUGACAACCCCAAGAGAUUUAACUUUGUUGUCAGUGUCCUGGGGUCUCCAACCUUUAUAUCUGGCUGUCAUUACUGGGAGGUAUGUGUAGGAAACAAAACCAAGUGGAUCCUUGGUGUCUGCAGUGAGUCAGUGAGCAGGAAGGGGAAGAUCACAGCAACACCUUCAAAUGGACACUGGCUGCUGCGUCAGAGUGGAAUAAAUGAAUAUGAAGCUCUUACAUCCCCACAGACUUACUUCCGCCUCAAAGAGAGCCCCCGCCGCGUGGGGGUUUUCCUGGAUUAUGAAGGUGGAUUUGUCUCUUUUUACAACGCCACCAACAAAUCUCACAUUUAUACAUUUGUCCAUUCUUUCUCUGGCCCAUUGCGCCCUUUCUUUGAGCCUUGCCUACAUGAUGAAGGGAAAAAUGUGGCUCCUUUAAUCAUUUGUUCAGGAUCACAGAACUCUGAGGAAUUCAUUUACUCUAAUCUAUCUCCAGAGACUUCUAAAGAAGAAAAACAGACUUUAGGCAUUGGUAAUGGGAAGAUCCCCACAAAGACAGACCAGGCCCCAAAUCUCUACCCUCUCCAGGACAUUGUCUCAUCCUGGCCCUCUGAUGUCACCCCGGCCCUUCAGGGGCUCCGGGCCCCUUUCUUUUAGUGAGGUGUCUCAUAUUGCGGCUCUACCCCUUACCUUAGCCUAGACCCAACAUUCAAGUUUGUCUGUGUCUUGCUCCUGCUCAUUAACUGUGGGUGUUUUGCAUCUUUACACUAUGUAAAUACAAUAAUACCUCAGAGGUCCAAGCUAGUCUUCAAGGCACUUCCUCUCACCACAGCAGCUCCUCCAUAAUAUAACAGAGGGGUUUCCAGGUAUUCUGAGUGAAAGAUGUCAUCCUGGGGUCAUCCUGGAAGCAAGUCUUCCCAGACUCAACUUGGCUGGUCUGCAGGUGACAGACACAGUCUAUCAACAUGAUUACAUGCAAAAUCUUUUCAACUAGGUCUUCAAGAACCCAGUGUCCCCUACAUACAAUGGUGAGACAUUUGGGAAUUUAAAACAGGGUCCUGUAUGAAAUUGUAAUUUCAUACCUCCUCCUCAAUUCUCCAUGUUACCAAUUUCUCUCAACUCCUGACUUUUUAGAAGAAAAGGACUACAACUUAAUCAGGCAAAGAAAGGCUGCCCUCCUGGGAAUUUUAAUGAUGGACAAUUAGAUAGUAUAAUAGAUGGAGUAAGACCUGAGUUUGAUUCCUGCCUCAGACUCUUGCUAGUCUUACCUAUCAACCUCAAUUGCUUUAUCUAUGAAAUGGAGAUAAUAAAAUCACUUACCUCACAGGGUUAUUAAAUGAGGUAACACAUGCAAGGUGAUUUGCAAAAUUGUUAUUCCUAUGUUUCUGUAGCAAAAGUAGAAGACCUUUGGAAAUCACCCAUGGCCAUGGCAAAAUAUCAAAUGGAAAACAAAUGGAUCAGCUAUGGAGUGGUUUAGGUGGAGAUACCAUGCACAGUAUGACUGUAGACUUAGUCACGAGCCAUUGUAUCAUCAGAGUUACUUCUACUACUGCUUGAAUCAGGGGCUCUAACCAGAUAGAAAAAACCCUCCAUUUAGGAUUGAAUAACUCUUCUUUUCUCAAUCUAAUCAAGGGUGUCUUUCCUUAUGGGCCAUAAUUGAGUUCAAUACUCUAAUCUCUGUGCUAUGUGACACAUAGAGAUAUGCUUUUUCCUACAACAAUGGAAGCCUUGGGAGUGUAAGAAACAUUUUAACUACUCUGUGAAGAUGAUUUUUAACUAAUGGAUUAACUGAAUAGUGGGUCCCAGAUGUGGAUAGGUGAGGUAAAACUGGCAGAUCUAUCAGUUUGGUGCGUGCAUAUGAAUAUGGGACCAUACCUUGAAUAAAAGCAUGGAUCAAAAAGAAUUGUAAGAAGCAAAAUCAAGAAUUGCAGUCCUCUUGCAAAUGGUGAAUAGGGUUAAUUCAUCUGAUCAAGGAGCAGUUUGCGAAGGGGCAGACAAAAUCAUUGGUCAGGCAACAGACUUUUUAAGUUUUUGAACUUUUGAAUCAAUGAAUGAAAAUACCAAAUACAUUGAUAAUGGUCAAUGGACUCCCUUUCAACUGUGAAGGACAAAUCUGGAGCAAGACUGACUUCUUGUGGCUUAUAGAGAUUGGGCCCAUCACACUGAAGCUCCAAUUGAUAAAGGCCUUUUCAGGCCACCUCUCUGCAAAUGAGAAGAAGGGCUCUGAAAACCCUCAACUCCCACCUCGUGUUGACUAGAUUACCAUGUCAGUGUUAAAGGAAAAUGCUUUUUGUAAUCUUUGAAAAUUAAAGUUUGAUAUUGUUUGGUACCUUGAUUUUUAUCCCUUUUCUUUUUAGAUGGGGAAGUCAGUGGGAAAGACUGGGUUGUUUAGGGAAGAAAAUACAUCAUAGAAUUUGUUUUCUCAAAGCCUGAACUGCCUUCCAAACAAGAUUGAAUGUGCAAGCAACUGUUUUAUUUCUCUAUUCUCAGUGUCAGAUUUAUUUUAUAUUCUCAGUCUUAGACACACAUAAGCUACAAUUCACUGUUUAUUUCUCUUUCACCCACAUACUCACUUUCCCCACAUUCUUUUCUAAUCUGGUAAAACUUCCCCAAUACUGCUACAAAUGUCUGAUGAUCCUUUGAACAACAACAAAAAUAAACAAAAAGAGAAUUCUGUUUCUAAAUCUUAUACUAAGAACAUUGUUUCAAAUCCAUUUAAACUUUAUGAGGUUAUUUAUGAAACAACAAAAACCUCCCUUAAACCUGCAUUUGUCUGGCAACCAUAUUAGUGUGUUACUCUGUUUAUAUUAAUUUAUCCAAUGAAAAUAAAAAUUUAUUGGGUAAUUGGA